AUGUUCCUGGCGGAAUUCCUGUUUCUUGUAAACACUUCAAAAACUGGUAAUAAGUUGAUAUGCCAGGGUGUGGCCAUUUGUCUCCAUUACCUGUUCCUGGCGUGUUUUGCCUGGAUGCUUCUGGAAGGAAUCCAGCUUUAUCUGAUGGUGGUGAAGGUCUUCCAUUCGAGGAGUCUUCGGAAGAAGUACCUCUUCCUGGUGGGCUAUGGGACUCCGCUUAUCAUCGUCAGUGCCACAGUGGCCAGCAGUCUGGAAGCUUAUGAGACAGAUUAUUGCUGGUUGAACUUCAAAUCUGGAUUUAUCUGGGCUUUUAUUGGACCAGUCUGUGCCAUUAUUGGGCUCAAUUCAAUUUUCUUCAUCAUUACCAUAUGGAAAUUGGCUGAUAAAUUCUCAAUGCUCAACUCAGAUGUUCCACACUAUAAGAAAGUGAGAUCAUUCACCUUUACAGCAAUCGGCCAGCUUAUACUCUUGGGUUGUACCUGGGUCUUCGGCCUGUUGCAUUUCUCUGAGAGCACUAUCAUCAUGGCCUAUAUCUUUACUGGAAUCAACAGUUUCCAAGGAGUUUUCAUUCUCGUCCUGCAUUGCCUCAUAAACAAACAGAUUCGCACUGAGUUACGGAACCGUCUUUGCAACAUCUCCAUAAGCACGAGCACCUACACCAAACAGGGUACCAACUGGAAGGGCUUGAAGAAUUCACAAGAAACCGACAAUUUCAAAUCGACUACAAACACCGUUACUUACAGUUGAGAGUCCCUGCUUCUCUUUGGCUUUUCACUUUGAUGUAACCACCAUUCCCCAUUUUACUCUUGUAUCUCGAGCUGCUGCAACUUCACUGCACUUAGACUGGGCAUGUGUCAUCCAAGCCCAUCCCACACUUUGCUCCCUCUCUGCUAUGUUUGAUUUUCACUCUGGUCUCUCCAGUCUUCUCCAGACAGCAUCCACUGUCGUACCAACAGUUCUGCUCAGUGGGAAAUAUUUAGUCUUUAACCAAUAGUCACAACUGCCUGGUUAUAUAUGCUCCCUUCUGCCAUCACCUUCAAUGGAGGCAAAAUCAUGACAGAGGUAAAUUCACCAACCUAACCCUCCUUAAUCAUUCCCUGUCCCAAUUCUAACCUCCUCUAUCCAAGCCCUAACCUUCAUUACAUAGAGCACACCCUACAGGAACCAUCCUCUACACUAACCCAGCCUUCUACUCACCUGUACAUUAACCUUGCUGUCCACUACAUGAAUAUCUCCGACGUUAACUUUAUUCAUGGAUACCAUACUCUACCUUAACCCUAACUCACCAACAUAAGUCUCCCCGACCUUACAGACACCAUAACCUCCUUAGGUUAAUGCUUUAACCCCCACCCUCCACAACCCAAUCCUAUCUUAUCCUACCCCAUCUGAACUCUACAUAACCUUCUUCCUUACCAUCCCCUGACCUUGCAUCAAUGUCCCAAUUCUGCCCUAACCUUGCCACCUCCUACUCCAGCUCUCUAUUGACUUAGCCUUGACCCUCCACAACUUGAACUGACUUGAUCCAUAACCUGUUUUCUAGUACAGAAACGUUUCCUUCCCCUACUCUAACACUAAUCCUAAUAACCUUCUUCCUUUACCCUAACUGUACCUUACCUUCCCCUAUCCCAGACUUCCAUUCCCCAAUUCUAACAUAUCUCCCCACCACUACACCAGAGACCUCUCUGCCCUUCUGUAUAAUUCUGUUUAUUUUGUUAUAGAAAUUAUGUAGAGGCACGGGGAAGAGGAUAAGAGGCUGGUGCAUACGUUAAGAGUUGGUGGUGUUGAAGGAGGUGCAUUUACAUGGAUUGAAAAUUGGCUGUCACUUAGAAAACAGAGAGUUGGACUACAUGGGUUAUUUUCAGGCUGGAGAGAUGUAACUAGCAGAAUAGUCCAGGGAUCAGUUCUUGGCCUCAAUUGUUUACUAUUCACAUCAAUGAAAAGUUUCCAAGUUUGCCAAUGAUCCAAAAGUAGGUGGAAGGAAAGUAGGUGGAACCCAUCAUCUGAUGAGGAUAUUGUGAUUCUGCAAAUAGGAUUCAGGUAGAGUGAUUGGCAAAUACCUGGCAAAUGGAAUUUUAUGUGGGGAAGUGUGGAGAGACUGCAAGUGAGUGAAAUUCAGAGGGAUUUUGGUGUUCUAAUAUAUGAAUCACAAAAGGUUAUCAGGCAGGUCCAACAAGUAGCUAAAAAGGCAAACAGCAUGUUGGUCUUUAUUGCAAAGGGUUUGGAUUUAAGAACAGGGAAUUCUGUUACAGGGUGUUGGUGAGGCCACACCUGGAAUACUGUGCACAGUUUUGGUCCCCAUACUUAAGGCAAUAUAGUAGCAUUGGAGGUAGUCUGAAGGUGAUUCACUAGAGUAAUCCCUGGGGUGAUCUAUGAAGAGAGGCCAUACAGGGUGGGUCUGUAUUCCUUGGAGUUUAGAAGAAUGAGGGAUGGCCUGAGGGGGUUUGACAGAGGAGAUGUUGACAUGUUUUCACUAGUGGAAGGAUCACAAACAAGGAGACAUAGUUAGAAAAUAAGGGGCCAGUCAUUUAAAACUGGAGAAAUGUCUUCUCUCAGAGGGUGGUGAAUCUCUGGAAUUCUUGGCCCCUGAGGCUGAUGGAGGCCAGGUCAUUAGAUACAGUUAAAGUGGAGGUGGAUAAAUAUUGAAAGAUCAAGGAAUUGAGAGUGAUGAGGAACUGGGACAGAAGAGACGUUCAGCUCAUCGUAGAUCAGCCAUGAUCGUACUGAAUGGGUGGCCAGGCUUGAGGGGCCAAGUGGCCUCCUCCUGCUCCUAUUUUCUUGUAUUUUUGGGAGGGUGUGGAGAAGAUUUACAAGGAUGAGACCUGAAAUCUAGAAGUAUGUAUAUUAGGAAAGGAGGAACAGGCUGAGACUCUUUUCUCUUGAGAAGACAAGACUGAGAUGUGACCUAAUGGAGAUCUUUAAACAAUGAAGGACUUGUUAGUGCCCAUCGAGAGAAUGAUUCCACUUAUGAGGAAGAACAUAACUAAAGGUCCUUGGUACAAGGUUGUUAUUAAGAAAUCCAGUGUGGAAUUCAGGAAAAAUUCUUUAUCCGAACAGUAAUGAGAACAUGGAUCUCGCUCCUAGACAGAAGGGUGGAAGUGUAUCGAUGUAGUUAAGGGAAGGUUGGACAAGUGGCUGAAGGAGGAAGGAACAGUAGAUACACUGAUAGACAGAUGAGGAAAGAGGAAGGAGGAAGCUUGAAUGGAGCAUAAACACCAGCAUGGACUAGUUGGGUCAAAUGGCCUCUUUCUGUGCCAUAUUAUCCUAUCCUCCCCUUCAUUUACCCUAACCAUAUCCUUCCCUACUUUCCCCUGCACUAAUUUCAACCCAAACCUCCAUUCCUUUGUCCUCCUCUACAUUCACAGAAUCAGGUAGAAUUUAUGACCCUGCAUCAGUGCCGAUUGAAAGGGAGCUCUUGAAACCAAUCCCACCUCCCAGAACUUUGUCUGUAGCCCUACAGGUCACAGCUCUCUAAACAUACAUCCAAGUCCUGUUUUAACUGUGAUGAGGGUUUUUGCCUGUCCUACCCUUUCAGGUGGUGAGUGCUAAGCUCCACCACCCUCUGGGUGAGAACAUUUUUCCUCAUCUCUCCUCUGAUCCUUCCACCAAGUGCUUUCAAUGUCUGGAGACACAGGAGACUGCAGUUUCUGGAAUCUGGAGCAUUAAAUAAUCUGCUGGAGGAACUCAGUGAGUCCAGCAGUAGCUAUAACCUACUCUUCCUGAGACUCCUGAAUUCUCCACUACCAUCUCAUUGUACCAUAAUGCUAACUUUAAUCCAACCCUGACAAACAUUCCUUUAUCAAUUAACACCACCCUAAAUCUUCCUCUACUCCAACAUUAUUGGAGAUAAGAUCUUUUGGCUUUAACCUGGAGCCCCUCAGGUGAAUGGGAACGUUCCCAUAAAACAUGUGCAAGACAAGCAGGGAAUCUCUAACUAUCAGGCAAUCAACAUUUGUUUUUGGUUUACUACAUUGCUUUGCAUGAGAUCUUGGUGUGCACAAAUUAACUGUCGCUUACUUGAUAUUACAAUAGUAGUUACACUGAAAAUAUUUUUUAUCGACUGCAAAGUACAUUGCAAUAUCCUGAAGGAUGCUACAUAAUGCUUAUCGCAGAACCAUAGAAAUUUACAGCACCAUAGGAAUCCUUUUGAGCCUUCAUGUCCUAGUGUCCUUUACAUCUACAGAAACAACACCAUUCAGUUUUAGCUCAAACACAACACUACCACCCAGAAGUACGAUAUGGUAUAAAAUGGUUGUUAUGAGGCUGUUACAAAGGAAUAUCAGGAAAAUGAAGGACUGCAGGACACUGCUUCCUCCACCCUCUGAGGACCCAGAGCUAGUAAUUAUAUCCUGACAGCUGAUGUGUCAAAAUUGUUUGACCCAGCAAUUCAAAAUUAUGCAGCCCAGGCCAAAUUGCGAUAUUGUGUAGCAUUGUUUCUGGACUGCAAGUGAAUAAUUAUUAAUGAUAUAAAGACACAGAAUUUUUCAUUAAUGUAAUCACCUUUAAGUUUUCAUUUUAAUAGGUAAUAGUUUAGCUUGGACUUAAGCAUGAGAAAUACAUUGAUUUGAAUGUUGAUUUUUAAUCAUUUCUUUUUCAUUUUAAAAAUACAUGGUUGUGAAUAUUUAUUCUAUUAUUAUUAUUACUACUACUACUUUGUUGAACUGCUAUAGUGCCCAUCCAAAGUUAUAACCUUGCAUUCCAUAAAUGCCUGUCAAGUGUGCCUGGUUAGUCUCUUGCUCAUUUUUUUGGUUAAGUGGCUUUCAAAUAAAAAGGGAUUUCUGCUGAUACUCAUUA